AUGGAUUCGGACACGGAGCCUGAAAGUGCCCGCAGAGAGCGGCCGUGGCUCUACGCAUGGAACCGCAGGCUCAGACAUCUACAAGGAAUAUCCAUCCGCAACCUGGUUGUGACGCCUCCCGCGACUCGGGCUCGUGGCAAGACUAUUGAUGACGACGACAUCCCUAAUACCUUAAAGUCCGCUUCGAAGCUCCUAUCACAGAACGAAAAUCACCCUUUACACCCAUCAAAGUCAUUCACUGAUCUGAAGUCGCAGUCGCAUGCGGACAAAGACAGUAAUGCAAACAAAGAGCCCGCGAUGCGUCCACGUCGCCGAAGCACUCUAUUUUGGAACGACCCCAACCCUCGAACUCGACAGGUGAAACUCGAAGACAUAGUCAAUAGCCGCAUGGUGGACUCCUUUUUCUCGCUGCAUUGUGAGGGAAUCGAAGAGCCGGUCUACGUCAGCGAGGUCGCCGAGCGUGCAAACAAUCCUAACUUCCGGGCCUUUGAUCUGAAUCUAUGUGGUCCACAGGUCUCCCGAAUGGAUAGACUGAUAAUAAAGAUCUGGUCCAAGACGGCAGAAAUCCCAGAACAUAUCUUGUUGGUUGAAAUGCAGGUUCAUCUACGAUCAUUGCAGUUCUUGGGAAAGACGCUGGAGAGUUUCCAUCAGCCGCUCCCGGCAAACUCGAUCUUGUUCCACUUCUCAGAUGGUGUUUAUAGCAAUCUGACGGAUCUUCCACCGAUCGAAACAUCACUGCAAGCUACUGGACAAAAGGUCACUGCAGGUGGUGCCACCUUACCAUCAUCGUCCUAUGAUGCCCUGAUGAAACUAGCCAACUUGGACGAAUGUGUGCAGGAUGCGCUCGCAACCAGAGAAAAACUGGAAGCUCAAAUAAGCUCCAUAUUACAACAAAACGAGUGUUCGUUGAACACUGCUAGUGCUGCUGCCGAGUCACUAGAGAAGCUCGCUCUCACCAAAAAUUAUGUCGCCAUGGAGCGUAAGCGAGUGCGCGCGGCAGUGAAACACAAGGAAGAUUUAAUUGCCAGUAUCAAAGCACGAAAAGAAGCAAUGGAGCAAGGUCGCACCAGCCAAACCAAGAUAAACAGUCAUCUUCCCGAAGCCCAAGAGCGGUUGGUGUCAAGCGAACAUUUGCUCAACCAAAAUGCGGAGGAAAUCAAGGGCCAAACCCGACGAAUCGCGGAGGAUCUCCUCAUAGUCUAUCCCAUCGAGCCCAUACCUGACGAGCCCCUCGCAUUCACCAUCGCGGGACUUGCCCUCCCGAACUCUUGUUUUGAAGACAUCGAUCGUGAGGUUGUGGCCGCGGCAUUAGGACACACAGCCCAUUUGGUAUACCUGCUAUCUUUCUACCUGUCAGCGGCCCUCCCAUAUCCAGUCAACGCCAAUGGGUCGACGUCAUUUAUCCAGGACCCCAUCUCUGCAUCACUCUCGGCGCGCACAUAUCCUCUUUACCCGGUCAGUGUGCAAUACCGAUUUGAGUAUGCCGUUUUUCUCUUGAACAAGGACAUUGAAUAUCUUCUCAGUAAGAAAGGCUUGCGGGUACUGGACAUACGGCACACUCUCCCCAACCUCAAAUAUCUUCUCUAUGUUCUUACUGCCGGUACCUCGGAGAUCCCCGCCCGCAAAGCCGGUGGCGUUCGGGCACUUAUUGGACGAUUGACUCCAGAUCAUUCCAGGCGUGGCAGCAUGGACAGUGCAGCAUCUGGUGAAGUCGUGCAGCCACGCAAAGCCUGGGAAUCGGUGUCCAAGAUGAAUGUCAGCCUUGCCUCGGACAAGGCAAGGAAGUCACUGUCAGCAAUUGGUUGA